AUGACCCUGGAGGAGCUGCAGGAGUGGGAGGAGGAGGAGUUGAACGUGGGGUCACUCUCGUGCUCACGAAGUUGGUCAAGAACAGCACCCAGGGGCUCAUCAACCACCGGAACAACAGAACGCUCCUGGGCUAGGGCCCUGGAUCUGCCCCAGAAAGAGGAUCCACCUCUGCCCCGACUUGAAUGGGGAACGCCGGCCAGCAGCACACUCAAGACAGAGGACCAGGCCCAUCUUUUGAACAUCAAAGAGUCGACGGGCUUCCAGGUGACCUUGGCGGAGGGAAAGAGAAGCGGGGAAGCCCCAAGCCCCGUGUUGAUGGUAUAA